UUCAAGCUCAUACUCUUUCUGGCGCUACUCGCUUCACUUCUUCCAUCGCCAUGUCCAACUCUCUCCUUCUUCUUCCUCCUUCUUCCUCUUCUUAUUCUCAACCCCAUUCACCUCUCACUCUCACUUUCUUUAGUUCACGGAGGAAGAGACGCCCUUGCAGAUAUUCCAGAGCGACAAUGUGCUCCUCUCAUAAUUCCCAUCCCCCAAACGACGUCGUUGUUGGGUGUGGAGCGGCGUCGGUGGAUUUCUUGGCUACCGUUGCUUCUUACCCUAACCCUGAUGACAAAAUCAGAAGCAUCAACUUGAAGGUUCAAGGAGGUGGAAAUGCAGGCAAUGCUUUAACUUGUGUUGCUAGAUUGGGCCUCAAGCCAAGGAUCAUCUCCAAAGUAGCAGAUGAUAGUCAAGGCAGGAGCAUACUAGAUGAGUUACACGCUGAUGGUGUAGAUGCAUCCUUUAUUGUGGUGUCUAAGGAGGGAACUUCACCAUUUACAUAUAUUAUUGUGGACAAUGAAACGAAGACCCGUACUUGCAUACAUACCCCAGGAUAUCCUCCAAUGAUACCACAGGAUCUUUCUGAAUCAAGUCUGUUAACUGCAUUGAAUGGAGCAAGCAUUGCUUACUUUGAUGGGAGGUUAUAUGAAACUGCUCUUGUUGUUGCCCAAGAGGCAGUUAGGAAGAAUAUACCCAUCUUAGUUGAUGCAGAAAGGCCAAGGGAAGGGUUGGAUGAUCUCCUGAAAUUUGCUAAUUAUGUUGUAUGCUCAGCAAAGUUUCCACUAGCAUGGACAGGAGCAUCAACUAUUCCACAAGCACUUGUUUCUAUUCUCUUAAGAUUGCCCAACAUCAGAUUUGUGAUUGUGACCUUGGGAAAAGAUGGUUGCAUAAUGCUCGAGAGAAAUCUUGAUGUAGCCUCUUCCACAGAAGAAGUGGAUAUAGACAGCUUAGUGGAGUCACUGAAGACGACAACGAAUGAGAGUGUAUUACACCCAACCUGUAUAUCAUCGUCAGUGGCAACACUGAAGGCAGAAGGGAUAGGGACAGUCAAUGGGAGGAUAUAUGUGGGAACAGCCGAGAGCAUUCCUCCUUUGGAGCUUAUUGACACCACUGGUGCCGGGGAUGCAUUUAUUGGAGCUGUGAUAUAUGCUAUCUGUGCCAACUUUUCGCCAGAGACAAUGCUUUCCUUUGCUGCUAAUGUGGCAGCUGCCAAGUGUCGAGAUUUAGGAGCUCGCAGUGGUCUUCCAUAUCGUGCUGACCCACGCAUAGCUUCCUUCAUGCAGUAGAUUUUGAUCCAGUUAUGCUUUUUUCCACAAUAAGAGAUUUCAUCAAUGUGUUAUUCAAUUGAAUUGUAUAUUAGCAGCCCAAAAAGGGAUAAUUGAAAUAUUGAAUUGUAUAUUAAGAGAAUUGACAUUGAAUAAUUAGCCUUGGCUUGACAAUGUUGCCUGCAAGAAUCAAGAUCUUUAAUUUUUAGCAGAUUGAGUGGA